AUGGGCCUGCUGGGCGUGGAGGACCGAAAGAAGCUGCCGGUGCAUGUCUUUGAUCCGAUUGUGGCCGCAGCCACCUGCGAGGUCGUGCUCUCCUGGCUAACAUCCACGGAGGGUGCGGCAGCAGGUGACCCACUGAGGCCGAAGAGGCCUUUGGUGUCUUUGGAGCCGGCCGAUCCUUCGUCCGCCCUCCCUGAAGUGCGCCAAAAGGUCCAAGGAGGCCUUCUGGCUAAGACGCCCUCGAGACCCCUCCGACCGAAUGCCGCUGAGUUCCGGCCGGGUCGCAACGCGCCGUUGCCCCAGGUGGAAGAGGAAAGCGGCCGAGAGGCAGAGGAGGAGGAGGAAGAGGAGGAGGAGUUGGAGUUGGCGAAAGAUGAGGAGGCUCCGAAGAGGCGAUUCGCAGCGUCGAUUUGCUGCGGCAUGCUCGUGGCCCUCCUCGCGACGCUGCUGGGAAGCUCCAUCCAUCUGGCCCAGCCCCAGGCGCAGCCUGCAGCGCGGCCUCCAACCAGUUUCUUCCAGACAGCAAAGCUGACGAUUUCUGAAAAUUGA